CUGUACAAAAAUUUCCCAGUACAGAAAAGAGAUUUGUUAGUGGAAAAGUUGUAACAUUGUGCAAGGAUAUUAGUGUGUAAGAAGUUACAAGUACAGUCAAUUACAUAGUAUCAAGACAUUGUGAAAACUUUGCACGAUUUACGAAUAAAAAAAUCUUGGUAACUUACUAUAUUGUGUGAUAUAAAAACUAGAAACAAAAAUGUCAGUAUUGAAUCAAAGUGGAGAAGAUGCAGUAGAAUGCCCUUUGUGUAUGGAACCAUUGGAAGUGGAUGAUUUGAAUUUCUUUCCAUGCACUUGUGGGUAUCAAAUAUGUAGAUUUUGCUGGCAUAGGAUUCGUACAGAUGAAAAUGGUUUAUGCCCUGCCUGUCGGAAGGCCUAUUCUGAAAAUCCUGCUGAUUUUAAACCUCUCAGUAUGGAAGAAAUUGCAAGAUUAAAAGCAGAAAAGAGAUUAAAAGAUCAGCAACGUAAGCAGAGGGUUACAGAAAACCGUAAACAUCUAGCAAAUGUGAGAGUAGUACAAAAAAAUCUAGUAUUUGUAGUAGGAUUACCAUUGAGACUUGCGGAUGCUGAUGUAUUAAAGCGGCAUGAAUAUUUUGGAAAAUUUGGAAAAAUUCACAAAGUUGUAAUAAAUCAAAGCACUUCCUAUGCAGGGUCUCAAGGUCCUAAUGCUUCAGCUUACGUUACUUAUCAACGUCAAGAAGAUGCACUACGUGCUAUAGAGGCUGUGAAUAAUGUUGUUAUGGAUGGGCGAACAAUUAAAACGUCGUUAGGAACAACAAAAUAUUGUUCGCAUUUUAUGCGUAAUCAGCCAUGUCCAAAACCAGAUUGUAUGUAUUUACAUGAUCUUGGGGACCAGGAGGCAUCAUUUACAAAGGAAGAGAUGCACCAGGGCAAACAUCAAGAAUAUGAGCGUAAACUAGUGCAAUCGUUACAUGCGUCGUAUGCAUCUGCACAACGGAAACCAACACCAUCACCAUCAGUGACAGGCAGUAUUGUUAGAGAGAAUGGAACUUCAAAUUCUCAAGCCAAAGAAGCUUGGCCAUCGUUACAAAUUGGGCAAACAAAUAGUUCACAAACAAAUUGUAAAGAAUUAUCACCGCCGUCACAAACAACAUCACAACAAAACAACAUGACAAACGGAAGUGGUACAACAAAUCAGCAGAGUCAUGUAUCAUCUGGUGGUUCAACACAACAACCGAACAAUAAUAACAAAGGUGAAAAUAUGAAUAUACGGAGAGGAAAAAGUAAUAGUGAAAGUAAAGCUCAGGCAGCGCGGAAUAAGCAUAAAAAUUGUCAAAAUAAAGAAAAACAUAGUACACGGACAACUUCUCGAUCAGAAUCUAGCUCUAUUGGUACGCAAAAUAAUGUACAAUCACAAAUUAAUGGGCAGAAGGAUAUUAGAAAUUUUUCCUCCGAAUCGAAUAGCGAUGUAUUACAAAAAUUGGGUAAUAAGUGUAAAUCGGAACAACAAUCACAACCGCAGCAACAACAGCCGCAGCAGCCGCCACCUCAACAGCAACAACAACAAAAUAAUAAAGGAUCCAAAUUAGUUCAACAACAACAACAGCAACAGCAGCAGCAACAACAACAAUCAUCUCAUGAACUUAAAGUAAAUGGAAUAGUGCAAAAUGGAGAGCGUCGGCAUUCGGAUAGUGAAACAGAUCAACAGCGUGAAGGUAGUACACCGGCUAGUACAAUUUCAAGUACGGAAGAUUCGAAUGUGAAUCAUCAAGCGGAACAUUUAGCAGAAUCAAGUGAGGAGAACAAUGGUGCUGCUAUUUUGGGUUCCUCUCCAGCUAGCACAAAUUCAUCACAAGGUGCCAAUCAACAGCCACCACCAGGACUACAUAAUGGAUCUCAAAUACAAUUCAAUCAUCGAUCGAUCUUUCAGACGGACAAUAAUAGUUUCUUCAGUUCAAAUACUUUCCAGAAAAUCUCUACUACCACCUCAGUGCCACCUACUACUUUGACAGCAAAUCCAAACCUGAAUUGGACAAGCACAGGUUUAGCUUCUAUUCCUGAUUCAUUACCAAUGGUUCAAUCCAGUGAAGAUUGGCAAGCAGCUUUUGGUUUUCAACCUGAAACUGCACAAACAAAUCAUGUACAAAAAUCCAGUCCUUCUAGUUCACCAGGAGUAACAUUUAAUUCUGAAGGUUUUGUAGAUGAAGAAGUUUACACUAAUCUACAAUACACUACUUUGUCAGAACCUUCUGGUACUUUCACAUCGAGCUUGCUUGUUAAUUCUCCUGCAUCUAAAUUUAUGGCAGAUUUUCAACAAAAUUCAUUACAACAAAGGCUUGCUCUACAGGCUCAACAAAAUCAAGAGAAUUGUGAAUACAUAAAACAAAAUGGUCAUGCAACUUUGGAGGAAGUUCGGAAUCAUAAAGAAUCUGGUUCAGAUCUAAAGGCUGAUGAUGAUUUAGGUUUUGAUCCUUUUCAUGAAACACAGAAAGCUCUAGCUGAACUUAUGGAAAACGAAAUGCAAAUUCAACAACAAAGGUUGUUUCAGCAACAACAACAACAACAACAAAGAGAACGAGAAGAACAAAAUAGGGUACAGCAUCAACAAAAUAUUGCAAAUAUUGGUCAACAACAUUUCCCACAGGUUACCCAUAUAGCACAUUUACAACAACAGGCUCAACACCUGCAGAAUCUACAAGUUCUUCAACAGUCGCAUUCCCUGCUGUCUCGUCUUCCGCAAAAUUUGUUACAAAGUGGUACGCAAAGUCCUGCUCAGAGUACUGCGGCUGCUGCCAGUUUGGGACAACGUAGUCGCCUUCCACCACCAGGUUUCCCUGGUUCUACACCAAAUCACAUGAAUUCUUUUGGUCUUGGUAUACCGCGACCAGCUCCCACGAACAAUGCUCUUUCGGGAGCACAACCAUCUCAACAAAAUGCCUAUCUUCCAAAUGGAAAUCCCCUUCUGAAUUCACAAGGUAUUAGUAAAUGCGCAGGAGAUGCAGUGUAUACGCUUAAAGAUUGGUGUGAUAUUAAUAAUCAACAACAACAACAACAAUUUCAUCAUCAAGCAUUACAUCAAAAAGGCGGAUGGAACAAUUUUGGACCUAUUGCAGACUGGACUUCGAUUGAUCCAGCUAUUGUUAGUUCUUCUAGGCCUCUUCCAUUCCAAACUACUAGUACAUGGCAAUUUCCACAUGUUCAUCCUACACACACUGUUUCACAUAAUGCGCAACAGGAACAACAGAACGCACCAACUCAACAUUGGGCAAUGCAACCACCUCCAGGUUUUGCUGCACCAGCAAAUACUGGACAACUGAAUAAUCAACAACCAAGCACAACUGCACUGCCGCACACUAAACUUAUCUCUGCAGGAUCGGAAAUCGAAAAUCUAUAAAUAAAUAUGAAUACGCGAAGUGUACAAGUGGUAUGAUAAAACAUCCAUGUGAGACAAGACGAAAGUCAGCAAUGAUACAAAAACCCGACAGUCUGUUACGUACGUUUUCCUGACCCGUGUCUAUAUCUUUCAAUUAAUUUUAUUCUGAUACUUUAUUCUCACUGGAUGAGUAUUUAUCGUUAAAAACGAGUAUUGCAAAAUACUGGAAUAUAAUUUAAUGAAUACUUUCGAAUAUAUGCGACGAAUAUACUCCUAUAUACGUUUUCGAUAAUAUUCUCAUAUUUAAUCUAUAGUAAAUUCGAACUAUUUACAAGUCUGGCAGUCUUACUACUAAGUUUAUGUAGAUCCAGAUGAUACAGGUGUCAAAGGCAAUGAUCAUGAUUUAAUUAUUAACACAUUAAAUAAGAUACUUAUCAUGAUAAUUAUACUAAACUAAAAUUUUUGUGUAUAUAUUACUCGGAUCCAAGUAAACCAUAUUCAAGCGAACAUAAGAAAUGCUUUUUUGUGUAAAUAACAUUUUCAAAAGGUCAUGUAUCACAAAUCAAAAUUUCAC